CCAAGGUUCCCCACACGAACGUAAGGACAGCGCGUGCUCCCGGCCACUAACACGCUGUGAUCAAAUGAUCGACACUGUUGUGCCGAGCGGAACACAACGGCUGCCCGAGUGACCACUUUUUGCUCGUGCGCCAAGGUCUGGUCAACAAAGCAUGCCGUGGUGAAGGACUUGAAGCGUUCCGCAGUGUCCACCUCAUUUCCUUAAUUCCUGCCAUGUUGGGAGACCUGGGACAAAAUCAGAAGGAGCGGUCGUUCCUCGGCUGCAUGAACAAGUUUUGUCUUGGGCCCCUUGGGAGCCCGCUAUGUCCUUCCUUCUGUUCCCUGAUUAAUUCAUAAAUGAGGCCAAUUCCGAGGUUGCGUGCCACUUAUUCAUAAUUCACUGUGACUUACACGGCGACCACCUCCAGUCGACGGUGGACACUGGACACCAGACCUGGGAACAAAGCGACCCAUCAACAUCAUGAUGAUCAUGGCGCCUACCUGGCUUCUGCUUGGGCUGCUUGCGCCUGCGGCCCUAGCUCAGCUUCCGGAUUUUGCAUCAAAGUGUCGUGGCUACCGAGCGAGUAAUGUCUUGCGGGGAGAUUCCUACUUGAUUGCAGAUCUUAAUCUCAUCGCCAACUGCAGCGCUUAUAGCCCGGACCUGGCAAACCUGAGGUUGGUUGUUGAAUAUCAAACCGACACGCGUCUGCAUGUUCUAAUAGAAGAUGCCGAGCACCAGGUCUAUCAGGUGCAAGAGCAAGUGCUGCCUCGACCACGCAGCGCAAAUGCGUCGUCUGAGCGCUCCGCGCUGAGAUUCGGCUUCACUGAGGACCCCUUCACGUUCAACGUGACGAGGGCAUCCACGGGCGAGGUCUUGUUUGACACGUCCGACACGCCCCUGGUAUUCGAAUCUCAAUUCGUUUGGCUUCGCACAAGUCUCCCGCAAAACCCCAACCUCUAUGGCCUGGGAGAACACACGGAUGAUUUCCGCCUUCCCACCGAUGCUUACACUCGCACCUUGUGGAACGCUGAGUCACCCUUCAUUCCAAAUCGUAACAAUCUGUACGGGAGUCACCCGAUCUACUUUGAUCAUCGUGGGGAUUCCGGUACGCACGCUGUCUUCCUCCUGAACGCCAAUGGCAUGGACAUCAACAUUGGCCGAACCGACACGGGGAGCCAAUAUCUCGACUACUACACCAUUGGCGGCGUUCUCGACUUCUAUUUCCUUGCCGGCCCGCAGCCCGCCGACGUCAGCAAGCAGUAUGCUGAAGUAGUGGGCCUGCCCGCCAUGAUGCCGUACUGGACUUUGGGCUUUCACCAGUGCAAGUAUGGCUGGCCAAACGUUGACCACGUGGAGCAAGUCAUUGCCAACUACUCAGCCGCGGGCAUUCCACUCGAGACGGUCUGGGGAGACAUCGACUACAUGGAGGGCAGGCGAGACUUUACCACCGACCCCAGCCGUUUCCCAAUGGCUAGGAUGCGCGCAUUGGUCGACUCCCUUCAUGCCAACAACCAGCACUACAUUCAAAUCCUUGACCCUGGUAUCAGCAACAUGGCCAACUACGGCACCUACUCGCGUGGCAUAGAGAGCGCCGCGUUUCUCCGCAACCCCGAUGGUUCUUGGUAUCGCGGCCUGCAGUGGCCCGGGGAAGUGGUGUGGCCUGACUGGUUCGCCCCGGGCACGCAGGACUGGUGGACCAACGAGAUCCGGUCCUUCUACGACCCGACGACCGGUAUUGAUGUCGAUGGCCUGUGGGUAGACAUGAACGAAGCAUCUAACAUGUGCGGCGACACGACCUGCCUCAGCGUAGCCAUCAACCCGGCCGAGUGGCAACCUCGCAAGCCCCCAGCUCGUCGUCAGACCCAAACUGAAGCCAUCAGCAGCCGGUCAAUUCCAAAUACCCGGAGAAGUCUCUUCGUCCAGCGUCAAGCCGAGGGAUCCGCCGACAAGAAGGGCCUCCCCGGGCGCGACCUGUUCCAGCCCGCAUACCCCAUCGCCAACCACCGCGGCGCCCUCUCGGGCUUUACCCUCUGGACCAACGUGACCAACGCCGACGGCACGGCGCAGUACGACACACACAACCUGUACGGGACCAUGAUGGCGACGACGACACGCAACGCCCUGCUCUCCCGCAACCCCGGGAAGCGUCCCUUUGUGCUGACCCGGUCGACAUUCGCCGGGUCCGGCGCGAAAGCGGCCCACUGGUUCGGCGACAACGCCUCGACCUGGGAGCACUACCGCACCGCCAUCCGGCAGCUGCUCGCCUUUGCAGCCCUGCACGCCAUGCCCAUGGUCGGCUCCGACGUCUGCGGCUUCAACCAGGUCGCGCAGGAACACAUGUGCGCGCGCUGGGCAUUGCUGGGGGCUUUCCAGCCGUUUUAUCGCAACCAUGCGGAUAUUUCAGCCCCGGAUCAGGAGUUUUACCGCUGGCCGCUUGUCACCGAGGCCGCCAAAAAGGCCAUCGACGUCCGCUACCGUCUGCUGGACUACAUGUACACGGCCAUGUGGCGCGCCAGCGAGGACGGGUCGCCCGUGGCCAGUCCACUGUGGUUCUGGUACCGGGGGGAUGCGAACACGUUUGGCCUGCAGACGCAGUGGUUUUUGGGCCAGGCGCUGCUCAUCUCCCCCGUUGUUGAGGACGAGGCGCAGAGUGUGUCCAUGUACCUGCCGCGGGAUGUGUUUUAUGACUUUUGGACUGGGGAGAGGGUUGAUGGCAACGGCGAGACGAGGACGGUGGACGGGUUGGGAUGGACAGAUAUCCCCGUGCACAUCCGUGGCGGAUCGAUCGUGCCGCUGCGCGUUCGGUCUGCGAAUAACACGGCCGAGCUGCGGAGGCAGAACUUUGAGAUCCUGGUUGCGCCGGGAAGCGAUGGGACUGCUAAGGGUGAGCUGUACCUUGAUGACGGCGAGAGCUUGGAUGUGACGGGCCGUCAGUCGGUGAUCAGCUUUGCAUGGGAUGGUAAGGCGUUUGAGGCGGCGGGUACGUUUGGGUUUGACACUGAUGUCGUGGUCGAGAGGGUUGUCGUGCUUGGGGAGAAUGGGCAGACGAAGCAAGGGCCUUGGGGGUUGCGUGAGGGCUUUGGGUUCUCCUCCUGAGCAUUGCGACGGGGCAUUGCAUGAGGUGGUUAGGGGAUGUAUCAUGGGGCAUCAUUACUAGUAGCAGCAUUCAUUACUAGGACGACAGGUAAUACCGAUCAUGAGAUUAGUAGAAUCAUUCUCAGACCUAAUUUGGAGUUGAAUAGGACAGAGUUGAUAUUAGUCCUCUACUUCAG